AUACACUACACACACAUUUAUGUAGAAACGUUGCGAACCAGACUGUGCUGUUAUUGCGUCCGCUCUGCUUCAGUAGACGCUGCUGGCAGGAUUGAGUAAAAAUCUCAACGCCAGCUCCAAUUUUCUCAUAUUUUCUUUGCGGGUAGCUUGCAUCGCGACAAAAAUCAUUUAAACGAUUCUGAUGAUGUAGACGCAUUGGUGGUGAUUUUUGUUCUUCAUGUGAUCAGAGUGUUGUUUUUUAUUUUUGGUUAAAAUCGUUCUUUCUCGUUUAGCAAACACCAAUGAAGAAUUAGGUUUCAUAUUGGCAAAAUUUGACGUUCUACAACUUAAUAAAUAUGUCAAAAAUGAUGAUCAAAAGUUUUAUUUUUGUAAUUUUUUUUAUUUUUUUACAAUUAUCAAUUGGUGAAGAAACAGUGAAUGCCAAAUUUCCAAAUAAUUCAGCAAGCCAUAAUGUUACUACAGAACCUACUGAUGCUAAAGAAGAAAUAAGUAUUGCAAUGGAAGGUCAAAUAAAACCAGUUAAAAUCAAAAAUGAUAAGCAAAAUAAUAGCCAUUUGAAGACUGUGAAAAGUAAAAUUGUCGCUAGAAAAGGUACUGAUGCAGCCACAUACAAUGAUACAGAAACUAAAGAUUUACAAAUUAAGUCAUCUACACCAGUAAUGGAAAGUGUAGAUAAAAGUAAAUCAUUCGUUGGUACGGAUGUUAAUAUUCGUAAUGCAACUGAAAUAAAAAAUGACUCAACUAAAAAAUCAAUAUCAAGAGUAGAAAAUACGAAUAAAAAUAAAACACUCGUUAAUAAAGUCAUAUCAUCUACUACUGUUAAAGUGGAAAUAGUUAAACCAGUUACUGAGUUAUCAUUUACUAAUAUUGACAUUUUAAGAGAAAAACCUGUUAGGAAAGCUAAACACAAACCUUUAGUGACAAUUGGUGGAAAUGAGGCAGAUGAACCUAUCCCAGCUUCUCCAACUAAAACUUCUCCAUUAGGUAUGCCAAGGAAAAUUGAUUACAUUGUACCUGUUGUAAUAACUAUUACAGCAUUACCUUUAUUGGGUAUUACUUUUUAUGUAUUAUAUAAGCGCGGCAGAGAUUAUUGGGAUAAAAGACAUUAUAGAAGAAUGGAUUUUCUUAUUGAUGGGAUGUACAAUGAAUAAAUUAUUUUAUAUUCAUAUAUUUGUAAAAAAGUAUUUUUGUAAAAAAAGAAUUUGAA